UGUGAGGCCGACGGAAAGGAGGCGAAGGCAGAGCUGGCACAACGCAAUAUGUUCCCUAGCGCUCAAAUUAAAAUGAGAUUGCUGUCGCCAAGCAGUUCGCCGGCCACGUCGCCCACAAUGUCGAAUUCCUCGUCGCCGACGCCACAGACGCCAGCCACGCCGGCUUACAAUCAGAAGAUGACCGGAAUACCCUGCGUGGCCGCCGCUUCCAGGUACACGGCGCCGGUCCACAUCGACGUAGGCGGCACAAUAUACACGUCCUCGCUCGAAACUCUCACCAAGUAUCCAGAAUCGAGAUUAGCGAAAUUGUUCAACGGCAGCAUCCCCAUCGUGCUGGACUCUCUGAAACAGCACUACUUCAUCGACAGGGACGGUGGCAUGUUCCGGCACAUCUUGAAUUUCAUGAGAAACUCUCGUCUACUGAUACCGGACAACUUCGCCGAUCUGGAUCUGUUGCUAGAAGAAGCACGAUACUUCGAUAUCGCACCAAUGUGCAGGCAACUGGAGCAAAUGAAAAAGGAGCGUAUAAAGAACGGUUCGACGACGAUGACCACAAUGUCCUCCUCGUCGCCGAGUCCUCCGCCCGGCAAUCAAUUAGACAAUCGCGGAACAGGUUGCGCAACGGCGCCGUGCAACCGGGAUUCCGACAAACUCCGUUCUAACGAAGGAAAUUGCAACUACGAGUGCGUCGCUCUCCACGUCAGUCCAGACUUAGGCGAACGAGUGAUGCUGUCCGGUGGUCGCGCGUUGCUCGACGAGGUGUUCCCGGAAACGACCCAGGCUGUGAUCGACGCUCGAUCAGGCGUCGCAUGGCAUCAACAGGACGCCCGUCACGUAAUUAGGUUCCCGUUGAACGGCUACUGCAAGCUCAACUCCGUGCAAGCGAUCACCAGGCUUCUGAACGCCGGUUUCCGCGUGGUAGCAAGCAACGGCGGAGGUGUCGAGGGUCAACAAUUCUCCGAGUACCUGUUCGUUCGACAGGCCAUCAACACUUGA